UCCCCGAGGGUUUAAAUAUUCUAUUCGUCGACUACGCCGACGCGAAGUUACCUGGAAGCCUACGAAGUUGCCGAAGCUAACGAUACCAUCCUUCCGUUUCGCGGCGUCAUCGUACGGUCUCGCGGCUUCGUCGAUAGCCGGUUGUUUCGAGAUUCGCCGCGCGAAGCAGCAGGUCGUUUGUCUGUGUUUUCUAUCGCGGAGUUCGCGGGAAAAUGAGGGAUAACGUUGUGCUCGAGCCUCGAGCCGGCUCUCCUUUUAUAGCCCCCGAGGAGCGUCGAACCAGCUCGCUUCCGGCGAGCCGUUGCUGAAUACCCACGUUUUGUUUAUUCGUUUCGCGACGACCGGGGCCGGAAGUCGGGGGACACCGCCAUUUUGGUACCGGAUCACUGUUGCGGAGGAGUAUGUACGGAAUUCAACGAGACACCGAGCUUGUUGCGAAGGUGUUAUUUAAGAUUCCGGAUGAAGAAUUAAAGGGAGUACAAUAUUUUGUGGUUUUAGAGUGAAUAAACUAAUAUCAGCUUAACCGUGCUUAUUUAUUGAAAUCAUAAAAGAGAGGUCAUGAAGAGAACACAAUGAUAAUAACAAUUUCGCGAUCUCCAAAAGUUAUAGAAUAAUAUUUCCAGUCAAGAAUACGAUCAACCAAAUACUAACAUUACAUAAUAACAUUAACGCGAACACUAAAGCUGCAAACGAAGCAACGAAGAGGAGCGUAACAUCUUGGAAUAACGUGGCAAUGCUUCUUUGUCGUCGUCAACUAGAAACGAGCUACUAGAACCAUAACGUGUGCAACAAGAAGAUCGCUCCAAACGAACGAUGUGAACAAACGUCUCUCGUACUGUUUCGCCGACGUCGUCGCCACGAGCAUCGCGGGACCAUGAAGACGUCAUUGAUGUAUUCGAUACUGUUUUGCAUGGUGGUACAGAUACGGUCCGCGUCGCCUCUGGGAAUCGCCUCUCUGCACAACAGAUUGCAUUAUUUCACGGCAGCCGCCGGUCCCUCGAUCGACCAAGAGACCGAGAACCUGAAGAGGAUCCUAAAUUUCAUCAACAAGUCUCCAGAGUUCCGCCCCUUAACGCUGUCAGUGGUGUUGCCGAGAUUUCGUUCGAGCUUCGUCGAUUUCCUGCUCGAAUACGUCAACGAGAGCUCGAUGGAGGCCUUCAAGGUCAUGUUCCGGGAUCUGUCAUCGACAGAGACCCUGUCGAAUCGAACGCAGCUCACGUGGAUCAUCUUCGCGAGAGAUCUAUACAACCUCUACGCGUACAUCUAUUGGCAGCCGGGACUUUGGAAGAGCAGCAAUCAGUAUCUGAUAUUCAUUACGAGCAGAAAAGUCACGCUGGACUGGAGAGGCUUGCUGAAGACGUUGUGGCGGAAACACAGGGUCUACAGAAUCAUGAUCGUGUCUUUGCGCGAUAAAUUUCGCUGUCUCGUUGGGUUUAGACCGUUCGAGAUCAAAGAUGGCGAAUUUGGAGACGUUAGGAAGCUGUGUUUUCAAUCUGCCCCGACGAAGGGCCCCGUCUUCAACGUGUCUUCGAAUCACUCUGAAGAGAAUCGUGUGACGACGUUGAAGCCUGUCGAAGCACGAGAGGAGAUACUGAACGAAAACACUCGCUUGUUCGAGACCUUUCAUAACUUGAACAACUAUCCCUUGAACGUGCUAGUCUUCGAAUCCUUGCUGUCGGGGAUCGGCUACGACGAUCAGCAUCGGCUGAAACUGUUCAAGGUAGACGGAUACGUAGUUUACGCCCUGGAGGACGCCCUGAAGUGUAAGUUCCGCAUGAACUUCAUGAGGAAAUUCGCCUGCAAGAUGAACGAUCCUUUCGACAAGUCGCUGAAAGAGAUCGAGAACGGAAACGCGGAGAUGGUGAUCACCGGGUUCUUCGUCAAGCAGUACCCCAGACACACGAAGUUCCAGUUCACGUCCUCCAUGUACGAGGACAAGCUGUGCUUCCUGUCGCCGGAUUCCGGCCUGGUGCCUAAAGCCUACAUGCCGUUCAUGCCCUUCGAGAAGGACCUGUGGGCCGUGCUGAUGAUAUACAACGUUCUAGUCACUUUGCUGUGGCGUUUCUUGAAGGGUGUCAGCCCGGCACAUCGUCGGGCAAAGGUGGCUGAGCAGGUUGGGAUGAGUUCUCUCUGCGAUGAAUCUAGGAGACACCUGAACGAGAUGGCGGAUGGCUCGCCGAUGGCUUCGAAGCCUAGAAGAGGACCACCGGAAAUGCCGGAGCCGAUGCUAAAGUUCUUCCAUUUCGUCGAACAACUCUGCUAUCCUUUUCCGAGGGAAGAGACCCAUGCGCAAAGAUUCCUGCUCGCCGGCACGCUGUUCUUCGGACUCAUAGUGAACGGCGUCUAUCAAAGCGGUCUGGUCUCCAGUUUGAGCAAGCCCUUCCACUAUCCUCAGCUGCGCACGCUGGAGGACGUGAUAGGCUCCGAAAAAAUGCUGAUCACCAAAUACGCGAAUCUGAAGACAGCCUUUUUGGACGACACGCCGGUCGGCACGAAGCUCCAACAGAUGAUCCACGUGAUCUGCACGCGGAGGGAGACGAAAGCUCUGGUCGCGUACGAUAAUAAAAUCGCCAUUACCAGGUAUUACAGCAUGCUGCUCGGCGAUUACGCGUACUACGACAAGGAUGGCAACCCGUUGAUCUACGUGGUCGACGAGUUUCCCAUGAACUAUCGGGUGUCCUAUGUCCUGCGGUCACCAUCGCCUUAUGCAGAACGGGUGAACUUCGUCUUGCUGAGGCUGAACGAGGCCGGGCUCCCCGACUUCUGGAUCAAGAAGACGUUGCUCAAGCUGACGAUCGCGAAGAUGAGGCGGAAGCUGAAGAACGAGAAGAUGAAGAUCAUACUCACUCUGAGCCAUUACUCGCUCACGUUUUUGCUGCUGCUUGCUGGCUUGAUCGGCUCCGGUGUCAUCUUCUUCGUGGAAGUCUAUAUGGCUGGACGAGCUAGAUUUGGUUGACUAGUUAUCGUAGCGAAUUUAGGGGAGGUAACUGAUCGUAGGCUGAAGACUUUUUGUUGUUUAUGGUUGGGGGAAAGCUUGGCGAAUUGGCUACUCGAUCAAGAGAUUAAACUUUUACAGGCCGGAGCUGUGUGUAGGAGUUAAAAACUUGAUUAUAUAACAGAGAAUUGUGAAUGGAUAUGUGGGACAGGAUAUUGCUAUUACUGAAAAUUGCUUAUGUUAUUAUUAUAAUCAUAUUACUAGUACUGUUACUAA